AUGAAAUCAAUUUCAAUAUUUGUAUUUGUUGUCUUAGUAUUAUCAGUUGUCAACGCUGAUAUUUGGUCAAACUGUGGAAAUCCAAAUGAUAUCUUCCAAAUCUCAUCGGUUUCGAUCGUACCAGAUCCACCUGCCAAAGGAAAGGAUCUAACAGUAACCAUCGGUGGUAGUCUAUCUGAAACAUUAACAGGAGGAAAUGCUCAUGUCUCUGUCAAAUAUGGAUUCAUCACCAUUCUCAACAAGGAUGAACCAAUUUGUCAAACCAACUCACCAAUUCCAUGUCCAAUCGAAGCUGGACCACUCUCAAAGACUUUCACCGCCGCCAUCCCAAGCAACACACCAUCUGGAUCCUACAAAGCCAAUAUUGUUAUCACUGAUCAAAACAAAUCUCAAAUUGCCUGUAUCAAUGUUAACCUCAAGUUUUAA